ACAUCUCCUGCAGCAUCCUCUUCACGAGGUGUCAUGUUCAUAUCUCUGUUGGCUAUCAUCCUACUGUCAGUGGCGCUGGCUGUGGGACUUCCUGGUAACAUCUUUGUGGUGUGGAGCAUCCUGAAAAGGAUGCACAAGCGCUCUGUCACUGCCCUGCUGGUGUUGAACCUGGCCUUGGCUGACAUGGCUGUACUGCUCACUGCUCCCUUUUUCCUGUACUCCCAGGCCCAAGGCACCUGGAGUUUUAAAUUGGCUGGCUGUCGCCUGUGCCACUAUAUCUGUGGAGUCAGCAUGUAUGCUAGCGUUCUGUUUAUUACAAUCAUGAGUCUGGACCGGUCACUGGCGGUGGCCCGACCCUUUAUGUCCCAGAAGCUGCGCACCAAAGCGAUUGUCCGACCUGUGUUGGCAGCUAUCUGGGUGGUGUCCUUUUUGCUGGCCUCGCCGGUUCUUGCAUACCGCACGGUGAGUUUGGGAUUGAGCAACAGGAGUCUUGUAUGCUUCUCGAAGUAUCCCAACGAAGGGCACAGGGCCUUCCAUCUGCUCUUCGAGGCCUUCACGGGCUUCCUGCUGCCCUUCCUGGCCGUGGUGGCCAGCUACUCCGACAUAGGACGCAGGCUGCAGUCGCGGCGCUUCCGCCGCAGCCGCCGCACGGGCCGCUUGGUAGCACUCAUCAUCCUGGCCUUCGCAGCUUUUUGGCUGCCCUACCACGUGGUGAACCUGGCCGAGGCAGGCCGCGCGUUGGCUGGCCUGCGCGCGGGGUCCGGGCCUGCCGGGGAGCGGCUGCAGCUGGCCCGCAACGUGCUCAUCGCACUCGCCUUCCUGAGCAGCAGCGUGAACCCGGUGCUUUAUGCGUGCGCUGGCGGCGGCCUGCUGCGCUCCGCUGGCUUAGGCUUCGUUGCCAAGCUGCUGGAGGGUACGGGCUCUGAGAUAUCCAGCUCCCGCCGCGGCGGCACGUGGGCCAGACCAAAGAGCGCCAUUCCCCCUCCGGAGCCUGGACUCGCUGAGAGCAUCACGGCCUCCUCGGAGGCCUCUCCAGUGAAGCGAACUAAAUGAGGUCCAGUGGAAGGAAGCCCGCUUUCCUCUUCGGAGAACCCCACGCUGACCUGACCCAGUUCUGUAUCCGGGGAGAAGAACCCGCGCGCGGGAGACAGGGGUGAGUGGAAAGAAGAGGAAGGGUGGGGCAAGUCAGGGCUGAAUGAGAGAGCAUUUCUUUGGCUAGGUUCCUGCAGGAAGCUUUACAAUUAAAACUCAAGUCUGAAAUUGGGUCAACCUUGUGAGUGGGGCUAUGUGUUAUGGGGUGUAGGGGUGCUCACGGGCACCCUGAUGGGAUUCCUCUCAAUUGUUUAGAGUCACAUUCUUUAGUUCCCCCAUAAUUUACAGUUGUGGAGAGAGAACAACAGGAGAUUCUGAAGUAGGUGAUCUGCAGAUCCCACUUUGGAGUCCACAGACUCCUGAAGGAGAUUGUCAAAAAAAAGAUCACCCAUGUAGGCUUCUCAUGCAGACUUAUGAUUCAGGGAACCUUCUGAGAUAACAUGCUGCUGUGAACAUCUUCCCUGAAGCCCUUGGUAAGUGUCCUUGUUAAACAUAAUUCCAGUUUCCUGCCAGGAAUCUUUAUCCUCUCAGCAGAUGAUCUAGGGGAUUACCUUCCUUUUCUCCAUUUCCCAGGGAGGUCUCACUUGAGACCCAAGUCAUCACAUCUUGUCCCCUAGAAUUCUGCACAUCAGCAUCUGCCAGCCCCACAAUACACCUUGGUACAGAGUGAGUUUGUUCUGACAGCAUUUUAGGAUGAUGACGGCAGGAGUAGCAGUGCUGUGUUCUUUGGAUCCUCCCCAUAACAAAACAAACAAACAAACAAACAAAAAACCAUGAGCCCAUGCAUGAGAGAGAGAGAGAGAGAGAGAGGGAAUGAAGAGCAAAAUCGAAAGUCCAUGUGCAACAUCUGCAACAAAUGUAGGGUAUCAAGAUAUCUCCUGUGGACUUCAAAAUAUGAGCAGGUGAGAACUAAGCGCAUGUACUAUAUCAGCAUUUCCAUAGAAGGAUGCAGAAGCAAGCAAGGCAGGCAUCUGAUGGCCCUGAGAACAGAACCCCUAAAUUGUCUACAGGACUUUACUAGAAAGCAUGGUGGGACAAUUUGAGAACAGCAGCUGAAACUGGAAGGGGACCUAAUAGAUUAUUUUGUAGACCUCUUGUCCAUUCUGCAUUUAUGUUGAGUGAAUAAAG